AUGACAUGGGCCACGCUCGUGCUGUCCCACUCACCGCUACGCGUCGAGCUCGUCGGCACCCUGGCCGUCCGCAUCAUCUUCUACCUACUGCCGUCGCUGCUCUUCUUCCUCUUCGACAUCCUGUUCCCCUCCGUGUCUGUUGCCAUCAAGGCGCGCGGCGAGCUCGGCCUGCCGACGGGCAGUACUAAGCCAGCCAGGGGGCUGUUGGGAAUCGGAUGGAAGGAAGCAAAGGUGGUGGCGUGGUCGCUCUGCAAUCUUCUUGUCUGCGGGAUUCUGGCGCAGGGCGUCGUCGAGCAUGUGUUGACGAAGGUGCUGCGAUAUCGAAGCGCCAUCAGGGUGUCGUUGCGUCUGCCGUACCCGUGGGAGAGUGUUUUGGAUAUUCUCAGGGCGUUUGUUGUACGGGAGUUCCUGACCUACAUCAUCCACCGCUUCGCACUGCACUCCCCACGCUCCCCCGUGUCGCGAUACCACCUGUCAUGGUACCAUUCCCUGCGCGUGCCCUACCCGCUGACUGCGCACUACGACCACCCAAUCCCCUACUUGCUGCUGAAGGUCGUCCCGCUCUACGCGUCAGCCGCAGCAUUCCGCUUCCACAUGACGACGUACAUGCUCUUCGUGGCGCUCGUCUCGCUAGAGGAGACAUUUGCGUAUUCCGGGUACAAGACGCUGCCGACGGGGUUCUUCCUGGGCGGUGUAGCGCGGAGGGCGGAAAUGCACGUGAUCCGCAACAAUGGCGGCGGAGGAGGCGGGAAUUGUUACUUCGGCGUGUGGGGAGUGCUGGAUUGGCUGUGCGGCACUACCGCCCCGGCUGUCGAAGAUCAUGAGCAGCAGGAGGAAGAGGAUCAACUAGCCGAAGAAGACAUCGACGAGAAGAUGAUCCGCAAGGCGAUUGAGGAAUACCGGAGACUGCUCAGAGAGAAAAAGGGCAAUGGCAACAAGACCAGAAGAAGGCGGGUUAACAAUAAUAGAUGA